UCUAAUAUGACACCACCGACGACUUCCAGACGAAGCCAUUAGCCACCCCACCUCUCACCUGACUUCAACACAAUCAAACCACCUUUCUCUCCUCCGAUAACAAAAACUCUCUCUCUCUUUCUCUCUCUCUAGCUAUUCUCCUUCUUCGUCUGAUUUCAUUGGGAUCCGCGAAGGGGCGAUAUUGUGGACGGUGAUUAAUGGUGCCAGAGAGGCCUUGAGAUUUGCCGUCGAUCCGAUCAGAUGGACAAAAAUAAGAACCGAACGGAUCUCCUCGCUGCUGGCCGGAAAAAGCUUCAACAAUACAGGCAGAAGAAAGACAACAAAGGUGGUAAAUCAUCAGGUAAACCAGGCAAAUCCGGGAGCGAUGCCUCUAUAAAUCCUGCUAAUGUUCCAGCGGCAACGCAGCAUGUUCCUGAGACAGAAAGAUUACACUCUAGCAAUGAUGCUGUUUCUUUGUCUGAGACGCAUACUAUAAAGGACAGUGUGGACUCUAACACUAAUAUUCCAGUACCUGUUGACUCUGAAGAGAAACCUACCAAGUCAACAAAGCAUGAGCCCGUUGACUUGUUGUCUUAUCCCGAUUCUGGUAAUACUGUUGAAGCACUUGCUCCUAGAGUUGAUGAGGAAAGGCUGCAUAGCUUAGAGCAGGAACCUUACAAUCCAGAUUCAGAACAAGUUGAUGCAACGAGUGAGGUAGAGAUUGAAGGAGAGAAAAGACAUUCUUUAAGUGAACUUGGUGACAGUGCUAGUGACCAGGCAACAACUGAUGUUGGGGGGAAUGGAGUGAGGAAGGAAAAGAAUGAAACAACCCAUCCUACUGAGCCAGAUGAUGCUACAUCAAUUGAUAUUGAAUCUAAAGAUGCAGAAGAGAGGGAUGGACAUUCAAGUGCUCUUGAGUCUUUACAUGAUUCAGACUCUGCUGUAAGUUCUCAAGUUGUUUGUGGUCAGAUGGAAGCUGUUUCAACUGAUUAUGCUGGUGGCCAUAUGGAAAGGGCUAAUUCAUCUGAUUGUGUUAAUAAUGAUUCUGCGAAAUAUAUAAAAGAUAAAAUUGUGAACUUUUCAUCUGGACAAAAUGCUUGUUCAAUCAACCUUUCACAGCUUGCAGAGGUUGUAAGAAGCCUUGAUGAAGAUGAGUUCAAGUUCUUGUUCAUGUCUAGAGGUUCUGCUUUGAAAACAUUAGUAAAUGCAGAAACAUUGUCUGGAUCCGUGCCCAACCUUUUUGAUGUUUAUGGAAGGAUGAAGGAGCAAUUAUACCUUGCCAAUCUUGUAAAAGAUGUUAAAUCUUUACAGCUUGCUGAAGAGAUGGAGUUUCAAAUGUCUGAGGCCAAUGCUUCAGUCAAUGAACUGGGAAACAAGAAUGGAAUGCUUGCCAUUGAGCUUGCACAAGUUAGAUCUGAACUUCAGGUGGUGGUUGCUGAAAAAGAGGAAAUUCAGAAACAGUUCCAAAUCUCAAAAGCUGAGGUCCUGGAUCUUUCUGCUAGAGCUGAUGAGUUGCAGAUUAAAUUAAACAUGUCAAAGGAGGACCUUGACAACCUCUCAGCAGAAUUGGUAGGCUGCAGAAAUUUGGUGUCAGCUUUAGAGGUUGAAAAGGAAAACCUGAGUGCCAAGGUUGAUUUGUUAUCCAAAGAGAAUAAGAAGCUUCAGGAGGAGAGGGGGGACUUUGUGCUUGAAAUUGAGAAGUUGGAAAUGGAAUUGGUACAAAGCAAAGCUUCAUUGAUAUCAUUGCAGUCGGCAAAUCAAUUUUCUAAUGACAACCUCACUUCCUUGAAUGAGGAGAGAAGGAAACUUCAAAUAGAAAAGGAAUAUUUUGUCUCUGAGAAUGAUAAACUGCUUGCUGAAGUCGCAGACUGCAAAAAAACAAUAGAAGCCCUUCAUGCAGAGAAGACAAACUCAAAUGAGAUUUUGGUACUUUUGGAGGAAAAACACUCUUUGCUCAAUGAUACUGGUAGACUAUCUGCAGAGCUGAGGGAGAGCAAGGCUUCAGUGGAAGCUCUUCAGAUGAAUGUUUCUGAAACAACAACACGCGUCACCACUUUAAUGGAGGAAACAAAUAAGCUUGAGGACGAGAAGCAGGAAAUUCUCACAAAGAAUGAAGAACUAUUGCGGGAAUUGACUGAAUCCCAGAACUUGGUUGCUGUUCUGCAGGCACAAUGUAGUGAGUCUGUAACUGAUCUGAAGAAUUCAACUUUGCAAAUGGAACAGCUAACUGAGGAAAAUAUGCAUCUGAAGAGUAGUUUGGAAUUACAGAUGUCCAAGAUCAAAGAAUUUGAUAACCGAAGUAGAUCAUCCUCUCAAUCUGAGGAGCUCAGAAAUCAGUUUUCAGGUGCACGUUGCUCAGACCAGGGGGAAGGAAAUGUUAUUAAUGAUGAUGGGUCAUCCCUUGUUUCUAGAGAAGGAGAUUCUGUAAAUUUCUUCUCAAACAUUCAUAAACCCUCAUCUGAUUAUGAGCAGAAUGAUAUUCUUCAGUUUGAAGCUAUCCAAAGAUAUCUUAAUGAGGCAGAAGGAAUACUUGAGAAACUUGAGAAGACAGUUGAAGAGAUUCACUCAAAUUCAGCAUCCUUGAGAAGCUCAAGUGGUGAAGUGGUCACACCUGGAAUGUCAAAACUCAUUCACGCUUUUGAGUCAAAUGUACAUGCUGAUGACCAUCUUUCAGAGGAUCGGCGUCCAACUGAAAAUCAAGUAGUUGCAGACCCUUGUGUGCUUACUAAGCAGCAAAUUGGAAAUGUGCACGCAUUGCUUAAGAAUGUGUUUUUAGAAGCGCAAAAGGCUUGCAAAUUUUUUGAAGGAGAGAUGAAGAAUAAGCUUCAUACUGACACCAUGCUUGCAGAGUGCAAAGCUAAAUAUGAGUCUUUGAUUGAGUACACAGAUCAUUUGGAACAUGAAAACAUGGUGAUUAUGGUUCUCAAUGAAACUUUCAGGCAGUACAUCAACUGUGCCAAAUCCAAGGAAGGAGACUUUAUGGCACUUUAUGAUGCUUUGCAGAAAAAUGAAGUCACAUUGAAAGCAGAGAAUAGUCAUUUCAGUGAAAGGUUGAGUGACUUUCAAACCAGAACUUGUGAAAUGCAACAUCAGCUGAAUGAAAUGCAACAAAGCUACAAUGAGAUGGCUUCUUCUGCCUCUAAUCAAGUGGAAGCUCUUAAGAAAGAAGUGACUGACAGGAAAUCAGUACUUGAAGAAGAAUGGAAUUCUCUUGUUGCUGAGGUUAUGGAGACACUAAGUAAGUUAGACUUGUCUAUUGUGCCUGAUAGCCCCUCCUUGUUAACUGGAAGAGAAAAAGGAUUUGAUCGCCUUGCCCUAACCAGCCAUAUUGCUACUUCUGUCAACAAUGCCAUCAAAUUGAUAGAAUCUCUACAUGGGCAAGUUGAAGCUGCUCGGUCAGAUCAAGAAGCAGCUAUGAGUAGCUUCAAUGAAAUGAAUAAAAGGUUUGAUGUUCUACAAGGAGAAAAGGAAACGGUAAUUGGUCUAAUUUAUAAGAUCUACGGGAAUCUCACUGGACUUGUCAAUGAGAUGUCUGAUCAAGUAGGAGAAGCUGAAAUCAACACAGGAAAUGGGAAACCAGUAGAUCCUUUGCUUCCUAGUAUUUGGGAUACCCUUUUGGAACAAUUGUGGAAGUUAAAUAGUGAGCGCCUGCGAAUUGAGGCUAUGAAUUCUGAACUCACUUCAGAAUUGGAAAAGGUGAAGGAUUCAAAUGAACUAAACAAAUCUUUCCUUGAUUCAGAUUCUAUCUUGAAGUGUGUUGGAUAUGUUGAAAGAGUGAUUGCACUGGAUGGAGUUGAUAUAAAUGUGGACCAACCUGCAAUCUGCAUACAGUCUCUGACUCAUUUUGUGGUUGAAAAAUACAAAGAGGCUGUUGAGCAGGUAAAGUUGUUCUCAGAGGGAGAUGCUUCUAAAGAAAAGCAAAUGAUUGAUUUGCAAAAACAAAUAGAUCAGCUGAGUUUCUUAUUCAUCCAAAUGGAAAAUGAAAAUUUCAUCCUUAAGGAAAGCUUGAGGAAGGUUAAAGAGGAUGCUGUGGCUCUCAAUUCACAAUUUAGUGAGAGAGUUUCUGAAACUGAGCAGUCAAAUCAGCGAGUGGCAUCUCUAAGAGAGAAGCUAAGUAUAGCAGUUACAAGGGGCAAAAGUUUGAUUGUGCAGCGUGAUAGUCUUAAACAGUCUCUUGCAGAGACAUCUAGUGAACUGGAGAAAUGCUCACAGGAAUUGCAGUUGAAAGAUUCCAGGCUUCAUGAACUUGAGAUGAAACUCAAGACCUAUUCGGAGGCUGGUGAGAGGAUGGAAGCUCUAGAAUCUGAACUCUCGUAUAUUCGAAACUCUGCUACUGUAUUACGGGAAUCAUUUCUUCUCAAAGACUCAGUUCUCCAAAGAAUAGAGGAGAUCUUGGAAGAUUUAGAGCUGCCGGAGCACUUCCAUUCCAAAAGCAUUCUUGAAAAAAUUGACUGGUUGGCUAAGUCGGUCUCUGGAAACUCAUUGCAUCUAACUGAUUGGGAUCAGAAAAGUGCUGUUGGAGGAUCAUACCCUGAAUCUGGAACUGGUGUCUUGGAUGGCUGGAAAGAGGAUGCCCAGCCAAGUUUUAGUUCGUUUGAAGACCUCAAGGUAAAAUAUGAAGAUCUGCAAAACAAGUUUUAUAGAUUGGCUGAGCAAAACGAGAUGCUUGAACAAUCUUUGAUGGAAAGGAACAACCUUGUUCAACAUUGGGAAGCCAUCUUGGAUACAAUAGAAAUGCCUUCACAGUUGAGGUCUGUGGAGCCAGAUGAUAAGAUUAGUUGGAUAGCUUUUGCUCUUUCAGAGGCUCAAAACUACUGUAAUUCUCUCCAGCAGAAGAGUGAUAACUUUGAGGCUUUAUUUGAAGAGUCAAAUAGAAGAUUAUCUGAUCUUGAGGCUUCAUAUGAAUCUGCCAUCAAUGAGAAAGAGGUUCUCUCAAGAAAUUUAGACACUCUUACCCGUGAUCAUGAAAAAAUAUCGGAAAAGGCUGCUCAAUUUGAAGCCAGGAAUGAUGAUUUGCAGCAUACAAUCAACUCCUUGCAAGAGAAAUUGGAUGAAAUGCUUGGGAUAGAGGAACGUGUUCAUCAUAUUUUGGGAGAGAUACAAAGAUUGCAAGAUUUGGUUAGGGAUGCCCUUCAGGACAAUAUCACUGAUGAUCAAUUAUAUAGUGUUGAUGGCAUUAAAUAUUUGGAGCAAUUAUUGAGGAUGCUUAUAGAUAAAUAUAGAACACUUUCUCUGGGCGAAGCUAUUAAUAAGGAUACAGCAGUUGAACGUGUUUUGCAAGAGGUUGAUCCGACAGAGAGCGAAAAAGGAACAAGUGAAUCAAGGUAUGAUGAGGAUAGAGAUGUAGCUGUUCUGAAUAGAAAGCUGGAGGAUACUUUGGGUGACAUGAUGUGCUUGAAGGAGGAAAGAGAUAUAUUUAUGGAGAAGAACCAAUCUUUGGUUUCUGAAGUUGAAGCUCUGAAUAUGAAUAAGAAAGAAUUGCAGGAAUUGCUUAGUCAGGAGGAGCUGAAGAAUCAAUCUUUGGUUUCUAAAAUUGAAGCUCUAACUCUGAAUAAGAAAGAGUUGCAGGAACUACUUAGCCAGGAGGUGCAGAAGAAUCAAUCUUUGGUUUCUGAAGUUGAAGCUCUUAAUAUGAGUAUGAAAGAAUUGCAGGAAUUGCUUAGGCAGGAGGAGCCAAAGAAUCAAUUGUUGGUUUCUGAAGUUGAUGCUCUGAAUAUAAAUAAGAAAGAAUUGCAGGAACUGCUUAAUCAUCACAAGCUGAACAAUCAAUCUUUGGUUUCUGAAGUUGAAGCGCUAAAUGUGAAAUAUAAAGAAUUGCAGGAACUGCUUAGUGAGCAGGAGCUGAAAAAUCAAUCUUUGGUUUCUGAAGUUGAAGCUCUGAAUAUGAAUACAAAAGAAUUGCAGGAACUUCUCCGUCAGGAGGAGAUGAAGUCAACUUCUUUAAGGGAGAAACUAAAUGUUGCAGUUAGAAAAGGUAAAUCCUUGGUACAACAUAGGGACAGCUUGAAGCAAUCAAUUGAAGAGUUAAAUAUGGAUGUGGAGAACUUGAAAUCUAAGAUAAAGCAACAGGAAAAUGUUAUUUCAGACUAUGAAGAAAGGAUCAAGGAUGAGUCCACAUUCCAAGAAAAGAUAAAGAGCAUAGAAUCUGAUAGUGUGCUUCUGCAAAGUCGUGUGGCUGAAGCUGAGUACUCUUUGCGGGAGAAAGAGCAUAUAUUGGCUAUUAUUUUGAAUUCUCUUGAUGAAAUUGAUUUUGGUGUCUUGUCUACUAUCGGUAGUCCAGUUGAGAAGGCCAAACAUGUUGGCAAACUAUGCUAUGAUUUACAGUCUGCUCUGACCUCCUCUGAACAGGAAGCAAGAAAAUCCAAAAGAGCAGCUGAGCUACUGCUUGCUGAACUAAAUGAAGUUCAGGAAAGAAAUGAUGGGCUCCAAGAGGAGCUAGCAAAUGCUCUCAGUGAGGUUACAAAGUUAUCCAAGGAAAGGGAUUUUGCUGAUGCUGCUAAAAAUGAAGCUAUUGCUAAUCUUGAAAAGCUCUCUGCUGCUUACUCUGAAGAAAGACAACACCAUGUAGCGGAGUUUCUGGUACUAAAAACCAGCAUGGAACAACUCAAGGUUGAUCUCUCUAUUAUUAGAAAUUCGUUCAGUGACGUGCUUUUGAAGGAUUUGGAGAUUUUGCAUAACCUUGGAGCCAGCUUAACGGUGUGCUUAGAAUCAAGGGAUGCCCCAAUUGACAUUGCCCUUAUUGGAGCUGCUGCUCCAGGUGGCACUAUUACUAUUACAUCAACAAACAAGGCUUUUAUGGUAGAACUGAGCUCUAUUAGUGAAAUGUUAAAUACACAUUCACAACUGGUGCAUGACGAAGCUAGACACAUAUCUGAAAUUGUGGGAGGUAUUCAUGAAGAGAUAACCACACAGAAACAGUCUUUUGAAUCCAUGAAGAAAGAUGUUGCAUGGUUAAAAUCUAUCGAGAAGGAGAAGGAUUCUGAAUUGCUUCAGAUGCGUAGAUACAAUACCUUGCUUUAUGAGGCUUGCACUAAUUCUGUUGUGGACAUUGAAAAUUGGAGAAGACAGAAUUCUGGCAACAAUUUAGUCACUUCUGCUCCUGGAAAUAAUUUGAUAUCUUCGCAUUCUGUUGGUAGAGGUUUGACCGAAGACAAUGACUUCUAUUCUGAAGAAAGCAUUAGGUCUGUGUGUGAGAGAUUGCUUUUAUCUGUGAAAGAUGUUAUGAGUAUGCAAAUGGAGCUUGCUGAAGGUAAGCAAAAGGACAUUAAAGCUGCUAUAUCAGAUCUACAGAAAGAGCUUCAAGAGAAAGAUAUCCAGCGAGAGAAAAUUUGUAGGGAGCUUGUUAGUCAGAUCAAGGAAGCUGAAGCUGUUGCCAAUAAUUACUUAGAAGAACUUCAGCUGGCAAAGGUUCAGGUAAGUGAUUUACAACGAUAUGUGAAGUCAAUGGAAGAGGAGCAAACUAAAUUGGAAUAUAGAAUAAAAGAAAUGCAAGAUCAGGAUGCUGCCUUUGCAGAUGCACAAAGAAGAGUUAAAUCACUUGAAGAUACGGUUGCUGCAAAGGAACAAGAAAAUGAGGCAUUGAUGCAAGCACUUGAUGAAGAAGAAGCUCAAAUGGAAGAGAUGUCAAACAAGAUUGGGGAACUGGAAACAGUUUUGCUACAAAAAAAUAAAGAUAUGGAGAACCUCGAAGUUUCCCGUGGGAAGGCUCUGAAGAAGCUUUCUGUCACAGUAAGUAAGUUUGAUGAACUCCAUAAUCUAUCUGAAAAGCUGCUCUCUGAGGUUGAGUCACUUCAGUCACAAUUGCAAGAGCGAGAUGGAGAAAUAUCAUUCUUGAGGCAGGAGGUUACUAGAUGCACAAAUGAUGCACUAGCUGCAAGUCAGAUGAGCAGCAAACGGAGCAGUGAUGAAGUUCAUGAUUUGUUGACAUGGUUAGACAAUACAAUUUCUGGUGUCAAGGCGAAUGAUGCAAAUCUUGAUAAUGUGAAAGUUAACCAGGUCCAUGAAUACAAAGAAUGUCUACAGAAGCAGCUCAUGUCUAUUGUGUCUGAGCUGGUAGGUCUACGUGUUGCAACACAAAGCAAGGAUCUGCUGUUGCAAGCAGAGAAAGCUAAAGUGGAAGAACUGAUGAGUAAAGAAGAUAUCCUUGAGAGUUCCUUACAUGAAAAGGACGCUCAAUUGGCCAUUCUAAGAGGUGCUGGAGACCCUGGACAUGUAACUAGUACAAGCUCUGAGAUUGUGGAAAUAGAACCUCUGAACAAGUGGGACACACCUGGGACAGUCACUUCUCAAGUUCGCAGUUUGCGCAAAACCAACAAUGAUCAUGUUGCAAUUGCUGUAGAUGUGAAUCCUGAUGGUAGGGAGCUUGAAGACGAAGAUGACGAUAAGGCACAUGGUUUCAAGUCGUUAACUACCUCAAGAAUUGUACCAAAGUUUACAAGACCAUUGACUGACAUGGUAGAUGGUUUAUGGGUAUCUUGUGAUCGGGCUCUAAUGCGACAACCUGCUUUGCGGCUUGGUGUAAUAUUGUAUUGGGCUGUGUUACAUGCUCUUCUUGCAACCUUUGUUGUAUGAGAAACUGUGCAGGUUCAGGUUCCCGUAUUGUUUCCAUUUGGUAGCAGCAGCGAUCCGCGAACAUGAUGAUUCCAAUGUGUUAAUACUUCCUUUCUGUGUCACCAACCUUUUUUUGUUUGUUGGUUAAAUGUGAUUGGGAAAUUCAUUAUUUUGGUCAACCAGGAACUGUUAUUUUGUGCGGUCACAAAUCACAGUAUCAUCCUGGUUUCAUACAAUAAGGAAAACCUUAGCUGUAGGGCAUAUAGCUUGAGAUUUUGUUGGCAGCAGUAGGAUUAUUGCCCCUUUAUCAUAGGUUUUAUACAAAUUCUGUGAGGCUGCAUCAUGUAAUAUGGCAACUGUAAUUUUGUUGCCUUAUUAUCCGUUCCGGCACAUUGAAUAGAUCAUCUGAAUUUAUAUAUAAGAUAUUGUAGAGAUUAGUAGAUUAUUAUGUGAUUUAAUAGACGAAGAAAAAGAGAAUUCCUUGGUAUAAGACUAUAAUAUACUCAUUUCAUUCA